CCGGAGCGGCGCCGCAGAGCCAAGCGAAGCGAAGCGGAUCGGCGGCGCCUCCGCGGUCUUUUGCUGCGCGCCCGGGCACCCGGGGGUGGGGAGGUGGGGGGGUGCUCCUCCUAGAGCGACCGUCGCCAUGCGGGAGACCCUCUUCAAGGACAACUUCUGGUCUACAGAUUUGGUCAGCACAGCUGGGUACAACAAUAUCAUCCAGCACCUGAACGAUGGCCGGAAGAACUGCAAGGAAUUUGAAGAUUUUUUGAAGGAAAGAGCUUCCAUUGAAGAAAGAUAUGGAAAAGACCUCAUUAACCUAACUAGGAAGAAGCCCUGCGGGCAGACAGAGUUGAACACCCUAAAAAGAGCCCUUGAGGUUUUUAAGCAACAGGUGGACAGUGUCGGUCAGAGCCAUAUCCAGUUGGCCCAGACACUGCGGGAAGAAGCGAGAAAAAUGGAAGAUUUCAGGGAGAAACAGAAGUUUCACCGUAAAAAGAUCGAGCUUAUAAUGGAUGCGAUCCAUAAAAACCGGAAUUUGCAGUAUAAGAAAACCUUAGAAGCGAAGAGGCUCUACGAACAGCGGUGCAGGGACAAGGAUGAAGCCGAACAGGCGGUGCACCGGAGCGCCAACUUGGUCAUCCCAAAGCAACAGGAAAAGCUGUUUGUAAAGUUGGCCCAGACAAAGACAGCGCUGGAGGAUUCAGACAGGGUGUAUCAGAUGAACAUUGGUGCUCUGGAGAAGAUCAGGGAGGAAUGGCAGAUGGAGCACGUCAAGGCUUGUGAGUUCUUUGAGAGCCAGGAAUGUGAACGGAUCAAUUACUUCCGAAAUGCUUUGUGGCUUCAUGUCAACCAGCUCUCUGAGGAGUGUGUCAAGAAUGAUGACAGCUAUGAGGAGAUUCGCAAGAGCCUUGAGCAUUGCAGUAUUGAGAAGGACAUUGAGUGUUUCGUCAGUCUCCGCAAAACAGGCUCUCUCCCGCCAACCCCAGUGGUGUACGAAAAUUAUUAUAAUACCCAGAAGAAUGCAGCACUGGGACGAAAUCAGGCCCCAGCCCCUGGGAGGAGGCCCCAGAUGCCGGUUCCUUCCAGCAAACCAAUGGAUCCUGAAUACUCAACUGUGGAUGGUUAUAGUUUAAUACAUCAUCCUUAGCUAGAAAGUGUUUUGAAGCCCGUUUGCUCAUCAGCACCUUCCUGAGGAAAACAAAUAAGAAAAACAAAGCUGUGCUUUUCGAUUCAGUUUCUCUGCGGUCGACUCAUGCUCCCUUCCGAACCACCAGACGGUCAAAAAAGAACAUUCUUGCGUAAUAGAGGAUGUGUACAGAUCGGAGCAAUAGGCGCCCAAUAACUUUGAAGCAAGAACCCCAAAGACUGUUUUUUUUAAUAUUUUUAUUUUAUUUUUCAUUUCAAAGAGCAGGGGGGAAAAAUUCUUAAGCCUAGCAGGUGGUGAAGUGUCCCUUCCGGAGUUUUAGAUCGGGAGGUGCGGAUCUGAAGCUUGACUGGAUGUCCCGGAGCAGGGUUGUCAUGAAGUGAACUCAUUACAUCGUUGUGAACUUUUUCAGUGAAAUUAUGGAUGACAGUUUGAAGGGAAACCAACCUGGAAGGACUGGCAAAAACAGGGAAUAUACGUUGAAACUGUUGAGUUUUUCAGUGUUCGUCCAGGGCCUGGGAAGUCCGGAAUGGGAGCUAUCCUGUGAAUUCUUUCUGAUGGUGGUUGUAAGCUGCUUUGAGAUGGUUUGGAAAAGCGAGACACAACGCAGCUUGAUGGGGAUGGGGGUUCUCUCACUGACCAAUUUCUCCCUCUUUUAACGGCUUGAUUUGUUUGUAUGAUUCCGUCAAGGACCAACCGACGUCCUUUCUUCUGCCGACGUUCUAAUAAAAUAUGAAUUGGAAAAACUCUG